AGGCUGUGAAAAGGCACAAUGUUUGGAAACAUUUUACAGAUCACUCUUGUAGUUUCCUGGCUGGUCCAGUGCUUUGGACAGUUAGAAACAGGAUAUAACACCAACUCAUCAGUGACAAGUGCUGGUAAAUUCCAGUGUGUUAUAAAUGUGUAUUUUACAAUCGACACAUCAGAAAGCGUAGCUUUGAAUUCUGGCAUGGGAAGUCUCAUGGAUGAACUGAAGAUCUUUGUCAGUACAUUUGUAACAAAGUUACAAGGAGUCAAAAUAAGAGGCAGCCAAGUGAAAUGGAAAUAUGGUGCUCUGCACUUCUCUGAUCACGUUGAGUCAAUCAUUGGUCUAACAGAGGAAACCUCUGCGUUUAUCACAGCAAUCAACAUGGUCAAAUACAUUGGUCGGGGCACAUAUGUUGACUGUGCUUUAAAUAAUAUGACUGAAGCCAUCCAAAGAGAGUCUGAAGGGGAUAUUAAAUUUGCUAUUGUCCUUACUGAUGGCCACAUUACAGGAAACCCAUGUGGUGGUAUCAUACAUGCAGCUGAGACAAUGCGAACUGCCAAUGUUAAAACAUUUGUUGUGGCUACAAGUCGAGACACGAUGGAAAGUGAACUUCUCACUAUAGCCAGCUCACCGGCUGAAAUUUAUCGUAAUAAUUACUUGGCAAACCCAAGUAACCAAAGGGAUAGUACUAUUAGUACGAUCAUUAAUUUAAUGGUAAAAGAAGCAGAAACAGAGUGCGGUGGAACAAUUUGUUUGGGAAAGACCGGUGCGCCAGGAUUAAAAGGCAUGAAAGGCAAUAAGGGUUUAAAAGGAAGUAUUGGCCCUGCAGGUGAUCAGGGAAUACCAGGACCUCAGGGUGAUCCAGGAAUAGAAGGUCAGAUUGGAUUCCCUGGUUCAAAGGGCUACCAAGGACAGAAAGGAGAAAGAGGUGAUUUUGGAGUGCCAGGAGUCAAGGGGGAACCCGGAUCUCCUGGAUACAACGGGAUUGCAGGAGAGAAGGGUAAACCAGGUCGAAUUGGGUCAACAGGUUGUAAAGGAAGAGUAGGAAUUCAGGGAGAAGAAGGAUCACGUGGUAAUGUUGGACUAAAAGGACUGCCAGGGGAUCCAGGAGACAAGGGUUUUCCUGGAAGGCAAGGGCUUUCUGGCGCACCGGGAAUAAAGGGAGAUGAAGGUGACAAGGGGCCUCCAGGAUACAGGGGUAAUAUCGGGCUUCCAGGAAUAAAAGGCUUGAAGGGGAAAACAGGCCCUCCAGGUGUUCUUGGUGAUCAAGGUAUUCAUGGAGAUAACGGUCUUCCUGGUCCACGUGGCCGUAUUGGAAUUAAGGGACAACAGGGAGAAUUAGGAACAGAAGGCGAAAGAGGACCACCUGGUGAAAUAGGCAAUAAAGGCAGAGCAGGAGCCCCUGGCUUUCCUGGCCCACGAGGACCCCCUGGAGAGAUUGGUCCUAUAGGAGAAGAGGGAAGCCCAGGUGAUGCUGGAAAUAUUGGAGACAGAGGAGAUACUGGACUGCCUGGAUCUCCAGGAGACAUUGGAAAACCUGGCAAUAACUAUCCUGGCUCUAGAGGUAUUCAGGGUGACAGAGGCGAUGUAGGACUUCCUGGUUUUCCAGGUGCAAGAGGAUACUUUGGAGAGAAAGGAGAGCAGGGGCCAAAAGGAUCAAAAGGAAACCCAGGUGAAUAUGGGCCUAAUGGACAACCAGGAGAGAGGGGUCCUACUGGCAUAUCGGGCUCUCCAGGUCCACCCGGAAAUCGUGGCGACCCAGGCAUCACGGAAUGCGAAAUUUUAAGCUACGUUGAAGAGAUAUGUGGAUGCUGCGACUGUUACAGGUCGUGUAAGCCAGUUGAUGUGAUAUUUGUGAUUGACAGCUCUGAAAGUGUUGGCAAAACAAACUUCAGCCUUGCAAAAAAUGUUGUAAUCAAUAUUGCUAACCGGAUCGGAAACAUGGCCAAAAACUCCUCUGAUUUUACAGGUUCUCGUUUUGGUGUUGUUCAGUAUAGCCAUCAAGGUAACAUCCAAGCAAUCAGAUUGGAUGACCCUAGUAUAACCUGCAAGGCAUCUUUCAUAAAUAAGGUGAAGUCAAUGGAGUGGCUGGCCGGCGGCACAUGGACACCUUCAGCGCUGAAAUACACCUAUGAACAAUUAAUACGCCCAAGUCAAAGGAUGGUGAGCAAAGUGGUUGCCAUCGUAAUCACAGAUGGACGUUAUGAUCCCAAGGAUAUAGACAAGUUGGAAGCGCUAUGUAAAGGUGCGGAAGUGUACGCCAUAGGAGUAGGGGACAUGUUUAACAGCAAUGCUGAGAAAAACGAUCUGGAGGCAAUAGCCUGCAAUGUACGGAGUAGGGUGAAGAAUCUAAGUGUGUAUGCUGAGCUGGCAGCAGAAGAAUUCCUGGAAACCAUUGAGGCUGUGCUUUGUCCAGAACCUGAAAUUGUUUGUCCAGACCAUAUGUGUACCCAAGCCAUCCAGCUUGGACCACUGGUAGGUCGGCCAGUGGAUAUUGUGUUCUUUGUUGAUGGUUCUGAGAGAACAGGUAAAGAGAAUUUUAUGCAAGUUCUUAGAUUUAUAAAGCAUAUAUCAGAGGAACUGAAACUAGCAACACAGGAAGAGGACAGACACGGAGCCAGAAUUGCUGUGAUUGAAUAUGGAGCUGAAAAUGAGCAAAAUGUCCUUUUGGAUUUUACAUACAACCGAACAAGCCUUCAAGAACUGCAUUCCAAAGCCGUGUACUAUGACUCGUCAUCUCAUGUUGGUUCAGCUGUACUUUAUGCUAUAAAAAACAUAGUGCAAAGACAAUAUGGAGGUGCAAGAAGUAAUGCAGAGAUUUCUUUUGUGUUCGUAACGGAUGGCAUGAGCAAUAAUAAGAAUUUUGUCCAGGCUCUGGAUUUUAUCCGCGCCAAUAACAUUGUAACGUGCGCAGUUGCGGUUGGAUCUGAUGUUAAUAACGAAAAGUUAUCUCGGCUCACUCUAGGAGACACCACAUCAGUGUUUAGGCUUAAACAAUAUGAGCAGUUAUUUGCUACCUCAUUCAUUAGAAACAUUGUGCAAUGGCUAGGAUGAGUAUUUGGUUUAAUGCGUUAUUGGUAUUUCUUUUAAAAAAUGAUAUGUCAUACAUGUAUCCUUUAACAAUACCAAUGUAUUAUGUUUUAUAUCAAGCAACAUUUUUCAGUGGGUUUCUAUUUUUUUUUUUUUUAUUGAGAUAACUGAACACCUUUGAGGCACCAUUUACGUCUUGGUACACGAACACAAUGUAAGCAGAUACGAAAGGCUGACUACACAUUGAGCGAUUUAAUACUGCCAGGCAAGCUAUGGUUUUAAUUUGCUUAUCACGAUUUUGUGCCUUUUUCUUAUUAAGUAUUAUUAUAAAAAUGACCCUCUUGGUUUCCAUGUGGGAGGUGCAAUUCUCCCACUACAUCAGGUUUUAAAUAAGUGCCCUAAUUUACAUUAUAGGAACUGUUUAAACAGUGUUAGCAGUAGAGACCCAUGUGCAGUCUGCUGAAGCAUUUCAGGCAGAUCAUAGGAAACGUGUUAAGUUAUGUUUUUACCUCUUAUAUUAAAGCUUCCAUUUAUAAUGGCAUUAUCACAGUCAUUAACUUCCAUCUUGUAUAUAUGAAAUAUGGAUAUGUUAAUACAAAAAUUCAGUGAUAAAAAUACUUCACAUGG